CUGUCGGUUCUCCGAGUCGCGAUUCAGACGCGAGCACGGUCAACCGACGGACAACUCGACGUUCCAUUGCGCGGCGAGCGUGUGCCGAAAGCCGAUCGCGUCGUUACGACGAGCAACCCGAGCUUCGACCAUGUAAACAACUCGAAUGCUUCCUUUUUCCGGGUACAUUCGAGCGGCGACCGUUCCCGCAGACGCAAUUGAUCGCGCAACGAGCCGAGUACGUACCUCGCGCAACCCUCUCUUUCGGGUCGCCGUCGGAAUGCUUAUCGGCGAGGCGCGCAACGUCUACUUCGAGCCGUUAUCGCGAGUACUCGAAGUAAUCGUAUGCCAAAAACCGUGCGCCGCGCUCCGUGUGCCAGCGGACUAUCGCGUUCCGUUGAUAGAGCGUCGACGCGCUCGUCGAUAUCGCGCGCGUUAUCAACGGUAAACCGUAAACUUCCUCGUCGCUCGAGUGCGCGCGCUAGUUUUCCUCGAGUGCACUCCUGCGGAACUUUCACGCGUGCAGUCGUAAGCUCCACAAGUGUCUGGAUCCUCUAAGCUUUCAGCUACCACUGCAGCCGUGGAACUGCCUACGGACUGAUGGGAUCUUCCAGUGCGCGACUACGUUCGAGACAACGCGCCGUCGAUGGCAGAGGAAGGAGCGACCCGUUACAGUAGCUACGAGGUUAACGCGGUUCAUCGUGAAUGGUGUACGAUGACUUUCUUGGCCCGUGGGGCCUAACUCUCAUCACAGUGGUAGUCGCGCUGGCCGUCAUCGCUGGCUUGCUGGUCGCCGCGUGCUUUCUGAUUCCAGGAUGUCUCGGAUACAAGUGCGUCAAAAAACGAAAGAGAGAUGCAAAAACUGUGCCGCUGCGUGUCAAGAGCAGACAGAAUGAAAACGUGAAGCUGAACGAUGUCAGCUACAGGUCAUGGAGAUUGGGCAGCCUCUACGAAGACGGCAGCAACGGCACGAGCAACGAAAACGUUGGAGCGACACCGGGAGCGUCCUGGAGCCCCAACAAUGCCCAGUUGGAGGGCGCAAAUUCCUCCUCCACCUUGAACCUGGUGCAGAAAGAUAAGCAAAAGCCGGAGAAGAAACAAAGGGAGUUCCCGACGGAAUUGACGCUGAGCCUGCAGUACCUGCCGCCGUUCGACGAGUCGGUCACCGGGAAGCUCGUGAUCGGCAUCGAGGCGUUGUCCGGGCUUCCUCCAAAGCAGUACAACUGCACGCUGGAGCCGUACGUGGCGCUGACCAUUAUCAAGCAAUCGUGGAGCCACAGGAAACGGCAAAAACUCCACAGUUUCCGAACGCGAGGCGUCAGGCACACGGCCAGUCCUAUUUUUAAGGAGACGUUCGUCGUCGCGAACGUAAAGUCGCACGAAGUUAAGGACUGGAUCCUCGAUUUCGCCGCGUACGACCACGACAGGUACGCCAACGACACGGAAUUGUGUUCCCUGAGGGUAUCCGUGAAAGAAGUCAAGCACAUCCUGCACAGUCCGGAGAUCCACAUGUUCAAUUUCAGAAUGAAGCCGUCCAAUUUGGAAUUUGGAAACGUUUUAUUAGGUAUAAGUUACUUACCCACUGCACAGAGACUGACUAUAAAUGUAAUGAAACUGCGGGACGUCAAGUACAUGCCGGCGGUGUCCAAUUUAAGCCACUUCAAUCCGUACGUCAGGGUGUUGAUGCUGAACGCGAGGACAGGCCAGAAAAUGAAAAGGAAGAAAACGAAAUUCCUUUGCGCGACUUCGCAACCAGAAUUCAACGAGACUCUGACGUUCGACGUGACGUACAACCAACUGGACAUUGUGCAAUUUCUAGUAGUGCUAUGCAGCAAGAACUUGGCUUCGGAGAUUCCUACGAUCAGCGCGGAGCAUCAGAGCGACAGCGAAGACUCGGUCUCUUCGAUCUGCAGGACCAAGGACGUUCAUAUCGGCAAAGUCGCCCUAGGAAAGGGAGUCAGAGGCUCGACGGAGAGGCUGCACUGGUUUUCCGUGCUUCACAACCCCAGGAAACUCGUCACCGUGUGGCACGCGUUGAAAUAACGUCGUCCUUCGAACGCGGAUCCGUUUGCAAGCGCGGACUUUUCAAGAGGACUUCUCGACGCUUCGCUAAUCGAAAUAAAAUCAAGUUUUGUACAUCCUUAACACUGGAACUAUCGGACGCAUCACAGAUUUCAGAAUGUUUAUUUUCGAAGUAUUUCAAUCGCUAACACGCUUUCGCGACGGUUUGUAGAACACAUUUGUCCAGAAUACAAUCGUUCCGAUUUUGAUAGGAUAUUCGAAGUUACGCCGAUUGCUCGGUAGUUUCAGUGUCGACACGAAGACAAUCGCGCACGCCGUAAAUGCAUAAAAUGCAUGAAAUCCGCAGUCGGUUUUGUCGUCGCGAUGACUCUGCGAAGCUGGUCGUGCCUCUUUGUGAUGGGAUUCAUAGACAUCUAAUAAUAGAGAUAUAAAAUGCGGGACGGUUAACGUUACCGAGCGUAUCCUUAAUUCUUUUUACAACGUCGAAUUCAUAAGGAUCUCGAAAUAAUUCCGAUUACCAUUUUAUGGCCAUUUUAAAGUUCGUUUUCCGUUAAUUCGAGUAUCCGGGAACUAAAUGAUGCGAUACCGUAAUACGGCCCGGCUACAUUUUCCUCGAUUACGUGGCUUUGUCCUGCAACAAAGGACUGGGAACGGGAAGGCAACGAUUUCUCGUGACCGGAAAGGAUCACCGUACGAGUCCCCAAACGGUUUCAAAAAUAUUCCGACGAUACGGGCGGCAACGUUAGCUGUCCUGCUCCGAAUACCUCCGUAUUUAUCUCCUAAUUUAAGAUUAUCGAUGCAAUCGCAGCCAAAGAUUGUGAAUCUAAAUAUUUAUACGAUUUCGUUGGUAUGUAAAAUGUUAUUUAAAGUCCACGCGACUGAGCACACCGUUACGAAUGCAUUCGCGUGCAUACGUGUUCUGUACCGUCUUAUUUCAUCGGUUCAAGCUAUUCAGAAAGGAACUACUACCUCUUUUAAAUGUAUUAACUCAUUACAGCCCAUUGCAAGUGCACUGUCAAUAAAUAUAUACGAUACUAUUACGUAUAAACAAAUCCCUGUCAAACGAAAUAAGUUAAUUUG